AGUUUAUUCUGUCUGUGGGCAAAAAAAUAAAUAAAUUAUAAAUAAAUAAAUAAAACAUUCAAACUGGAACAAUUUUCCUGUUCCCGGCCCUUUAAAUUUAAACGUAGCCGGAAAGUGUGGGAAAGGCGCCCAAAAACAAGACGUUAGUUGGAAGGAGGACAGAACCUGCAAAAAUUCAAGGUAAGAUAUGUGUUAAAUGUGUCUUUUUGUUAGCGAUUGCUUCGUUAUAUUAAUAAUAUAAUAUGUAAUAAUGUAAAUAGCCUAUAAAUAAUAAUAAACUCCGAGGGUGAAUCGUGAAUCAUUAAUUUACUUAUUUAUUCCCACUGCCCCCACAUUUAAGCAUAACCGGAAGGCGUGGAAAAAGGCGCCCAAAAACAAAACGUUAGUUGGAGGGAGGACGUGAUCGGAACCUGCAAAAAGUCAAGAAAAUUUCUGGUGGGCAAAAAUACAGAGUGUCAAGUUAACUGUCACCAUUAAGGUAAGCUGUUGAUACAUUUCAUGCUGUCGUUCAAUAUUUAAAGUAUUAAUGUAUUUUUUUUUUUUCUCCAUAGCACCUGGUUAUUGUCAUUGUACUGCAUGACUAAUUUUCAAAGAGUAAAUGUUAGUGUAAUUACUGUGUAAUGGAGAGAAAAAAGUGGAAUAUCACUCGCAGCAAUUUAAGGAAAAGGGCUGUUAAAAGAGUGACCCAGUUGUUUGAAUCUUUGAAUGAUGAGGAGGACAGUAGUUUCAUGGAUUGUACUAUCGAAGAACAUACCAUUGAACAUGAAGUAGUUACUUCAAGCUUUGUUUUGCCACCAAUUUGUGGAUCAGAGAGUGAUGGGGGAAGUGAAUCAACAAGUGACGAGGAUAGCCAUGUUGAUAAAAGUGGGGAUGUUCCUAAAGAUUUAUCGGGAUGUUUGCGAGACUGGGCAACACAUUUUGGCAUUUCCUUGAUUGCUUUGUCUGCCCUUUUGUCAAUACUGAAAGCCCAUCACCCAUCUCUACCAAAAGAUGCAAGAACAUUACUUCAAACACAGAUAAGACAUAGUAUUGUUUCCUUGGGGAGUGGAUCAUUCCACUAUUUUGGAAUACAGAAAAUGUUCAGCCACAUCUUUCAGAAGCUUACAUCAGUUGUCCAAAGUCAUCACAGAUUCAAAUUACAAUUGAACAUGGAUGGUCUUCCAAUUUUUAAAAGUUCCGGUUUACAGUUCUGGCCAAUUUUAGGAAUACUCCAGGCUUACACUAGAAAACCUGUGUUGAUUGCCCUUUACAGUGGGAACUCAAAGCCUCAGUCAUUGUCAGAAUAUCUAAAGGAUCUGGUCUCUGAGUUGAAAUCCUUGAGCACUGGUUUUGUUGUUAAUGGAAAGACCUUCUUCUUGACUGUGCGCUCAGUAAUUUGUGAUGCUCCUGCGAGGGCCUUUAUUAAGGGAAUUAAGUCACACAAUGGAUACAGUGGUUGUGAUAAAUGUGUACAGUCAGGCAUUUACAUUAAUAAUCGCAUGACAUUUCCUGAACUUAAUGCUAGAGUAAGAACAGAUGUAUCUUUUUCAAAUGCAGAGGAUGAAGACCACCAUGUACAACAUUCCCCAUUUUGUGAAACAUCUAUUGCUAUGGUUAGUGGAUUUCCACAUGACUAUAUGCAUUUAGUGUGCUUAGGUGUGGUGCGGCGUCUGUUUGAUUUGUGGAUGGGAACCUGCGGCAAGUUGAAUUACCGUAUUUCAUCCAGACAAGUGUCCUUCAUUUCCAGCAAACUGCUUGCUCUCAAAAGUUACAUACCCUCAGAAUUUGCUAGAAGACCAAGGGCACUUGAUGAGAGGUUACGAUGGAAAGCAACAGAACUUAGGCAGUUCUUACUUUACACUGGUCCAGUAGUUUUAAGGGAUGUGCUGACUACUGAGGUUUACCAAAAUUUUAUGUUGUUGUCUGUGAGCAUAUACAUCUUGGCAAGUCCAACAUAUUGUUUGCUGUUAAAUGACUUUGCAAACACACUACUUAGAUCAUUUGUUAAACAUUUUGGGGAACUCUAUGGCCAGGGUUUUUUAGUGUACAACAUACAUGGUCUGAUUCAUCUCAGUGAUGAUGUGAAGGUGCAUGGCCACUUAGAUUUAAUAUCAGGGUUUCCUUUUGAAAACUACCUAAAAAAAAUUAAAAGAAUGGUUAGAAAACCUAGUUCACCACUGCAGCAAGUUAUACGCAGAAUUUCAGAACUUGAUUCAGCAAGUUUAAAGGAUGAGGAAACUUGGAAUACCCACAAAAAUUUGAAAAUGCUGCACUCAGAUGGACCUGUUCCACAAGGAUUCACAGGAGUAGUCUCCCAAUUUAAGGAACUGUCAGUAGAUGGGUUUGUCAUCAACACAUCAGAGAGGGACAGAUGUAUCAAGAUGAAAAAUAAGAUACUAUUGGUUCAGAAUAUAAUUGUCUUUGAGGGUGAGGAAUACAUUGUCUGCAAAGAGUAUAGACACAUUGCAAAGUUUUUUGACUAUCCCAUUGACUCCACAGAAUUGGGAAUUUGCUUUGUGUCAGAUCUAACACCAGAUCUGAUGAGCUUAAAGUUAGAUACCAAUGUGCAGAAGUGUGUCCGGUUGCCUUUGGAGGUUGGCUUUGUUGUCAUUCCACUUCUUCAUGCAGACCCAUCCUAAAUUUCAGUCAUAGAGUGGUGUUUGGUAAAUUUGAUAAAUUAUAGAUAAGCUUUUUUUUAUCUUGAGGAUAAAAUUUUCAUAAUUUAUAUGCAGAUCAGCAUCAAAUUUAGACAGUGUGAUUGUCCAGCCUGCCUUCACUUAUUUCUGUUGGUAUGUAUAGCAUAUUUAUACUUCUAAUAUCUUGGGUCUGGAACAUUUAUUAAUGAGGACUUUUAUGUUCACUUAAACUAUCAUUCACCAGCAUUUAGGAUUAUCAUAAAAAAAACUGACUUAUAAUUAUGUUAAAUUGUUUAACAUUAAAAAAAAGCAAAAGUUACUGUUCAUACUCUGUUACUAAUGCUAGUAACUUUGUG